AUAAAACAAUAUUAAACAGACAAAAAAAAAAACAUGUUGAACGCAAUGGUUUGUGUGUUCUAGUAAUUAAUGUUGCUCUAACAAAUAUUAUAAUUAUAGAUAUAAUAAACUCCAUUUUUUUUAAUUAGCUAGGUUUCUAAUAAGAUCUUUCUAUUUAUCUUUAUUUGUAAGAAGCUGAUUUUGAUGGAGAUUACUAAACGACAAUGGAGAAUGGUAGAAUUUUUCUACCCAAUUUUGCUAUCAUCAGUUUUGAUUUUGAAUUAUGGUACUAUUAUGGCUACAGCAGCAGGUGAAGGAAAAACAAGUGGUGGUGGUGGCGGGAAAAAGACUUACAUUGUGUAUGUGAAAAGACCAGAUAAUAUGCAACCUCUUUCAUCAGGACGCAACCCUUUAGAUCCAUAUUAUCAAACAUUUUUACCUUCUACUAUUUCUACAAUGAGCACAGACGGCGGCGAAAGUAGUGGUGGCGCCGUUUUCCAUGGCUUUGGCAGCGGUGGUGGAGUGGGGUCCGGGGGCACGGACCAGCGCAUGGUUCACACGUACCACACUGUGGCCACCGGCUUCGCAGCCACUUUGACGGAGGAGGAAGCUAAGCAAGUGGCUUCUAAAGACGGUGUCAUCUCAGCCGCACCGGAAAAAGUCUACUCUUUGCACACCACUAGGAGUCCUGACUUUUUGGGAUUGCGCCAAGGGCUGGGAUUGUGGGACACGGCUAAGUUGGGAGCGGGUAUCACGAUCGGUGUUCUUGACACCGGAAUAAAGCCGGACCAUCCUUCUUUCGGUGACGAAGGGAUGCUUCCUCCGCCGCUAAAAUGGAAAGGCAGGUGCCAUUUUCCCGGUCGUCACGUCUGCAACAAGAAGUUGAUCGGAGCUAUGAAUUUGGUGAGCGAUGACUCAACAGGAAAGCGUUUAGCAGUGGCUCCUUCAGACGAUGAAGGACACGGCACGCACACGGCGAGUACGGCUGCCGGAAACUUUGUUAAGGGAGCAAACGUGUUUGGAAACGCUAACGGAACGGCGGCAGGAAUGGCUCCGCGUGCGCACGUGGCGGCUUAUAAAGUGUGCGGAGUGGAGGGUUGUAAAGAGAGUGACAUUUUGGCCGGGAUAGAAGCCGCCAUAAACGACGGCGUUGAUGUUCUCUCAAUGUCAAUCGGUGGAGGAGAUGUUGAACCUUUCCACGCUAACGCCGUAGCCAUCGGUUCUUUCUCAGCUAUCCGAAAGGGUGUUUUCGUCAGUGUCUCUGCUGGUAAUUCCGGCCCCGAUCAUUACACAUUGUCAAACGAAGCUCCUUGGCUUCUCACUGUCGGAGCCUCAACAAUCGACCGGAAAUUCAAAGCCUCGGUUAAAAUCGGUAACGGAGAGUCGUUAGAAGGACAGUCAUUAAAUCAACCGAAGUCAUUAAACUCGGCAGCUAUGGUACCGUUAGUUUACGGGGGAUCAAGUAAAGUUAACGGAUCAAAUUUCUGCGACAACAAUACGCUAACGAGCGACGUCGUUUCAGGAAAAAUCGUGGCUUGUGACAGAGGUGGGAUCCUGGGGAGAGUAAUGAAAGGAGUGGAAGUAAAAAGAGCAGGAGGUGUAGGAAUGAUUUUAAUGAAUAGAAAACAGGAUGGGGCAGUUACUUCAGCUGAUGCUCACGUGCUACCAGCAACUCACGUGAGUUAUGCUGAAGGUCAAAAACUGAUGGCUUAUAUAAAGUCAACAACUUCACCAACAGCUUCCAUUUUGUUUGAGGGAACAGUGAUUGGAGAUAAAAAUGCACCAGCCGUUGCUGCUUUCUCAUCGAGAGGUCCCAGCAAAACUAGUGCUGGUAUUCUGAAACCGGAUAUAAUAGGCCCUGGUGUUGAUAUUUUGGCUGCUUGGCCAACCUCUAUUGACAAUUCAAGUGCAGUUGUUACGUUUAACACUGCUUCUGGUACUUCUAUGUCUUGCCCUCAUCUUAGUGGAGUUGCUGCUUUGCUUAAAAGUGCUCACCCCGAGUGGUCUCCGGCCGCCGUUAAGUCCGCCAUGAUGACAACUGCAUACGGCAUCAACACUGGGGGAAAACCCAUCCCUGACUCAACCAAUGCUCCGGCCGACGUGUUUGCGACGGGAUCAGGCCACAUAAAUCCGGCAUUAGCACAAAAUCCAGGUCUAAUUUACGACCUGACACCAGAAGAUUACAUACCAUAUCUUUGUGGACUAAACUACUCAGAUGUACAAGUCUCAAUCAUUACUGACGAAUUCGUUAAGUGCAAACAAAUCAAACCCAUUUUAGAAGCAGAACUCAAUUACCCUUCUUUUGCUCUAACUAUCGACCCUAAAUCGUCUGCUCCUCAGACCUACACAAGAACAGUCACCAAUGUUGGUGAGGCUAACUCUGUCUACACCUCCGUCGUUUUCGACCCAGAAGGAACUAAAAUAACUGUCACCCCUAAUAAGCUUACAUUCACACAAUUGAAUCAGAAGCUUAAGUAUACAAUCACGGUUACUGCAACUGCUAAUGCUGCUACUUCUAACAAGGAUUUCUCUCAGGGAUAUUUGAGAUGGGUUUCUGAUCAUAAACACGUUGUUAGAAGCCCAAUUUCUGUUACUUUUUCGUCGUGAAAUAUUUGGAGAUCAAGGGAAGGAGAAAAAAAAUUCUCAAGAUGAUAAGUAUUGAUAUAUAAUAAUAAUAAUAAUUGCAAAAAUAUAUAGAUUCUCCCAUUUAAAGUUAUUAAUAAAUUAUUUGACGAGGUAGUUAUAUUCUAGAGAGGAUACUUGUAUUGGGUCGAUGAAGAAAUUUGCACCCAACUUAUGUUUUUGAAAAUCUUUCAAUAAUCUUUAUAUUGAUAUUUACAUUUUAUUAUUAUUAUUAUUAUUUUAUUAGCUUGUUAACACAUCAUCCAUUCCUCUGGUAGAAUGUGAUGUAAUAAGUAACUAUGGUUUUAUUUGUCAUUUUUGAUGAAAUAAAGAUUGCAAAUUUGGUUGAGAUUU